AGCUUCUUUGGCCCCAACUGCCUCUCCAACUUUCCAGUCAUCUCUUUAUUUUUCUUAGUCUCCCUGCUUUUCUCUUUUUCCCUCUUUCUCUCCAUACCUGUAGCCUACCAACAGCUGUUUGGAUGUUUUAUUUUUGCAUUUACAAACUGUUGUUAUUUUCUUCGCCAACACCAACAGAUUUAUAAACAUUAUGGAUGUGAGUUUUUCAGGGUGAAAUAUUCUCGGGGCUCUGCCCUCGCGCUACGCUGUAAGAGUGACCACAUGAGUUCAGCUGGGUGAGACAAGACCCCCACGGUGCACAUCGGAGUAGCCUACUACCAGCUCAUGUGCUGCCUGCUACCAUGGAGCGGUCAUCGGUUGGUCUGCUGCUCCUCGCGCUCUGCCUUUUACUUACUCAGCGGGAGAAAUCCCACAUGUCACUUCAUCUGGGAGCUGCAGAGGGCGGAGCUAGAGUGUCACAAUCAGCUGGAGAAACAAUCACUAGAGCCUCCCGGGUGUGGUGGUCUAUGGGACAACAUCUCAUGCUGGGCCUCAGCAGCAGUAGGGGAAGAGGUGACUCUCUCCUGCCCCCCUGCUCUCACACACCUCUUCGGACGACAUGGUACCUUUAGUAGGAACUGUACUGAGGCUGGCUGGUCUGACAUCUACCCCAGCAUCAGCACGGUCUGCUGGUCCAGCGACAACAAACCUAACAAGCUGCUGUUCUACUCAGUGGUGAAGACUCUGUACACUCUGGGCCACAGCCUCUCAAUUAUUGCUCUCGUCACCUCUACAUUCACCCUCUGUCUGAUCAGGAGGCUCCACUGCACUAGGAACUACAUCCAUGUGAACCUGUUUGUGUCGUUCAUCUUGCGAGCGGUGGCUGUGCUGGUUAAAGACUCUGUCAUCUUCUCCCAGAACCAAAACACUGACUGUAGCACACAGCCCUCACUGGUGGGCUGUAAGGUCAGUUUGGUGAUGUUUAACUAUUUCAUAAUGGCUAACUUCUUCUGGCUGCUGGUGGAGGGGCUCUACCUACAGACACUGCUCCUGGUAACCUAUUCAUAUACACACCUCGCUGUCUACCUCACAAUCGGCUGGGGGUUACCCUCAGUAUUUCUGGUGAUCUGGAUCUUCUGUAGGAUGUAUCUGGAAGACACCGACUGCUGGGAGAGGAAUGACAUUCCUACCCCUAGGAGGGUGAUCAACUGGCCCAUAAUGGCAUCUGUGAUAAUCAACUUUGUUCUGUUCAUCAGUAUCAUCCGUAUCCUGGUCCAGAAACUACUCUGCUCUGACGUGGGCGGGAACAACCAAUCACAGUACAGGUGUCUGGCUAAGUCCACCCUGCUGCUGAUUCCUCUCUUUGGAGUCAACUACAUGGUGUUUGUCUACCUGGUGGAGACAGAGAGCGACAGGAUGGCAGAAUACAAGAUUAUCUUUGACCUGGGACUGGGGUCAUUCCAGGGUCUGGUGAUAGCUACUCUCUACUGCUUCCUCAACACCGAGGUCCAAGGGGAACUGAAGAGGAUGUGGAGGAGUGUGUCAUUAAAGCAUUACAUCGGGCGGGACUGCCUUCUACAUAAUGCGUCAAUCAGCCGUAACUCCACCCACUUCAAGCGGAACUCCAGAGCCCAGUCCAUCCUGCAGACGGAGACCACUUCACUGUGACCCGGAAGUAGUUUCACCUCUGUGGCCUGGAAGUGGAUCUAACACAAUAUAACCUGGAAGUGGAACUAACCCUGUCUUUGACCAUGAAGUGAAGCUGGGGUAAAUCAACCAACACAAGUUGAGGGUCAGCUGAAAAGUAGUGGAACACUCUAAUAAAAGACAGUCAACGUUUGAUCAGCUUUUAUCCACACUGUGUGUGUGUGUGUGUGUGUGUGUGUGUGUGUGUGUGUGUGUGUGUGUGUGUGUGUGUGUGUGUGUGUGUGUGUGUGUGUGUGUGUGUGUGUGUGUGUGUGUGUGUGUGUGUGUGUGUGUGUGCGUGUAAUGUGUUCUGAAAGCUAAUAUAGAACAUCAUAUAUCCUAUGUUUAUGAGGCAGAAGCCUGGAGCACUGAGCUUUCUGUUUUCCACUGGAAUGGGCUUGGUAUUCCAGGUAUUAUAUAUCUAUAUAUAUAUAUAUACACACACACACACACACACACACACACACGUUAACAUUGCCAAAUAAAGUG